AUGUUAGGUAGUCCGAUGAUCUACUUGGUCUAUUGGGUUUUGGUUGUUGGUUUGUCGCAGGCAUCGACGCUGCGUGACGAUGCAGUCAAAGGUCCCAUCUGGGUCAGCAAAUUCACAACGCCGACCCCGAACGAAGAUACCUCAUGCUCCCUUCUUCUGGACCUGAUCGACGAGUUGAACAUCAAGCAUGUUCGUUAUGAUCGUCCCCAGUCGCAACGUCUCCGCUUCGAAUGGGUUGGAUUUCGUGGCCAGGUGACAAGAGAUACACCAGAGCCAUCACUGUCCGAGACCGAGAAAUUCCAGAAGCUAAACGCAGAAACAAAAAGUCCAUUGACCAUCCUCUACAUCUACGGAGGAACCUUUGUCCUGAACACACCAUCUAGUUAUCGGAGGACAACCGGGUUCCUGGCUCAAUCAACCGGCUCUAAGGUUCUAAUGGUCCACCAGCGCCUAGCACCCCAGAACCCUUUCCCUUCUGCACUGUUGGAUGUUUUCCAGGCCUACCUUACCCUGCUGUCUCCUCCUCCUGGCUCUCCACACGAUCGAAUUCCGCCAUCCUCUAUAGUUGUGGCUGCCGAUAGCUCCGGCUCGUGUCUAGCUCUAGGAUUGUUGCAAAUCCUCCUGCGCCUAAAGCGUAAAAACGCCUCUAUCAAUUUCCAUGGACAAAGCAUCCUACCGACGGUGCCCGCUGGAAUGACAUUGGUUAGCCCGGUCAGCGAACUGACCAACUCUGUUCCUUCCUACCAGCGUAACGCCAAAUGGGACAUGUUUCCCGAUAUGGAGAACAAGCCUUAUCUGGAGCAAACAUUCCCAACUUGUGCCAUCUGGCCUACUCGGCCACCUCGCGCUGAUCUCUACUGCGAGGGAGCCAUGCUGGCCCAUCCUCUGGCUAGUCCCGCGGCCUCCAAUGACUGGUGCGGAUCGUGUCCCAUCUGGCUAGCAUCAGGCCAGGAGCAAACUGUCGAUGCCUACCGACUGAUCGCGCAGACGGCCCACGCCCAGGGGGUGUCAGUAACGAUACAGGAGUAUGAGGGUAUGCCGCACACCUUCUACUUCUUCUACCGCCAGGCACCACAGACCAAGAAGAUUAUGGGAGACUGGGUGAAGACGAUUCUUCUCUUUUCUCAGGGAGCUAAGCCCCCUUCAAGCGCGAGCUUCAUCCGAGCCAAGGGCCUGGUUUCCGAACCGAUGGACUUGGAAAAAUUGGUGCCGAUGACUGUACCCGAAGUCCAGGAAAUGAUGUACAAGAAGACUCUCUUGUUUAAAGUCCCCCGGCAUCAUCGAGAAGCUCACUCGUCUCUUUAG